CGCGCGGGGCCGACCCCUCCCCCCCCGACUUCUCCUCAGUCAGUCAGUCGGACACGGCGAAGCGGGCCAUGGCCGGAGCCGAGUGACAGGAGAAGCUGAAGGGAAAACGGUGACCGAAGGCCGCCGCCUCCUCCUCCUCACCGCCGCAGGCCCGGAAUGUGAACGGAGAAGCGACGGAGGAGGAGGCCUCGCGGGCGGCCGGGCCUGUCGUUGGGUGGGGGCGGGGGCAAGGAGCAGGCCGCGCAUGGGACCCGGGAGCCGGCCCUGACGCCGCCUUGCGCCGGGGGUGGACGACGACGAGGCCUAGCAGGCAGCGGCGGCGGCGGCUCCUCCUGCGGCAGAGACCGCAGCGCGGCGAGGCAGAGAACCGCCCGGCUCGCCUCCGCCUCCGCCCGGGAUCGCCUCCCGCCUCCUUUUCUCUCCUUGUCUCCGGAUUCUCUACCAGGAGGGGUCAAGUAGGGAUAUGUCCUCAGCACCAACCACUCCUCCAUCAGUGGAUAAAGUAGACGGAUUUUCUCGGAAGUCCGUCAGAAAAGCCAGACAGAAGAGGUCACAGAGUUCCUCCCAGUUUCGGUCUCAGGGCAAGCCUAUCGAGUUAACGCCACUGCCUCUGCUAAAAGACGUUCCAUCUUCAGAGCAACCUGAAUUGUUCCUAAAGAAACUUCAGCAGUGUUGUGUCAUUUUUGAUUUCAUGGACACACUUUCAGACCUUAAAAUGAAAGAAUACAAGCGUUCAACUCUUAACGAACUUGUGGAUUACAUUACAAUAAGCAGAGGCUGUUUGACAGAGCAGACUUACCCUGAAGUAGUUAGAAUGGUAUCUUGCAAUAUUUUCCGAACUCUUCCUCCUAGCGAUAGCAACGAGUUUGAUCCAGAAGAAGAUGAACCUACCCUUGAGGCAUCAUGGCCACAUUUACAGCUUGUAUAUGAAUUUUUCAUACGAUUUUUGGAAAGUCAAGAAUUUCAGCCCAGCAUUGCCAAAAAAUACAUAGACCAGAAAUUUGUAUUACAGCUUUUGGAGCUAUUUGACAGCGAGGAUCCUCGAGAGCGGGACUACCUAAAAACAGUCUUACACAGAAUUUAUGGCAAGUUCCUUGGUCUUAGAGCAUUUAUCAGAAAACAGAUUAACAAUAUUUUUCUACGGUUUGUUUAUGAAACUGAACACUUCAACGGUGUAGCUGAACUGCUGGAAAUAUUAGGAAGUAUUAUCAAUGGCUUCGCUUUACCUCUGAAAGCAGAGCAUAAACAGUUUUUGGUGAAAGUGCUGAUUCCUCUACAUACAGUUAGGAGUUUAUCACUAUUCCAUGCACAGUUGGCGUAUUGCAUAGUGCAGUUUCUGGAGAAAGACCCUUCACUCACAGAGCCUGUCAUUAGAGGUUUAAUGAAAUUCUGGCCGAAAACCUGCAGUCAAAAAGAGGUCAUGUUCCUUGGGGAACUGGAGGAGAUAUUGGAUGUGAUUGAACCUUCACAGUUUGUCAAAAUUCAAGAACCCUUGUUUAAGCAAAUAGCUAAAUGUGUCUCUAGCCCGCAUUUUCAGGUGGCAGAAAGAGCACUCUACUAUUGGAAUAACGAAUACAUCAUGAGUUUGAUAGAGGAGAAUUCCAACGUAAUACUUCCCAUCAUGUUUUCCAGUCUGUACAGGAUCUCCAAAGAACACUGGAAUCCGGCGAUUGUGGCUUUAGUAUACAACGUGCUGAAGGCUUUUAUGGAAAUGAACAGUGCCAUGUUCGAUGAGCUGACGGCCACUUACAAGUCAGAUCGCCAGCGCUUAUCCAAAGCAGCAGGUGAAACUAAUGAGGAAACUUCGGGAACUCCGGGCAGUUUGCGACUUGGUGAAAGUCGUGUCUUUUGUGAGACUCGGGGUUCCCACAAGCAAAGCGAAGGGUACUGUAUGUCAUCAAGCCUUGUUAGCGAGAAGAAAAAAGAGAAGGAGCGGGAAGAGCUGUGGAAGAAACUAGAGGAUUUGGAAUUAAAGAGGGGUCUUAGACGCGAUGGAAUAAUUCCAACUUAACAAAAAGAAAAACUUCAGCAUUAAUGAUCCUGUGGAGUCACACAUGUAUGUAGUAGAAGAUGGAGCAAACGUUUUCUGUAUUGUGCAACUUUACAGUAGAUUUCACAUUUGUUUCAUUAUUACAACAGCACUGUAUAUAUCUGUCUCUAAGUAACGGGGGAAAACAAAAAUAAGGACUUCAAUCCAAAGCUUGGACAAUGGAUGGACUUUCUCAGAACUUUGCAAAAUAAUCAUUGUUUUAAACCUUCUUUAAGCCAGUCUUCAAAAGAUCCAUCGAUGAAAAUUGCUAUGUCCAAAUUUCCAUUGUCAGGACCUGUUCCUUAUUUAUCAUUAGCAGAGAGUGAUACGACUUCAAAUGUGAACAAUCUUAAAUUUAGCUUGUCUUUCUGCUAAAAAAAAACACACCACAAAACUGUUAAAUGUAUUUAUAGUAAAAGAAAAAAAAAGAUUGUCAUUUUCUUAUGAGUUUGUGUAACAUCUUUUUCCUCUGGAUAACUAUGAUGUAAUUUGACUUUUUGGGGGGGGGGGGGGGGGGGGGGUCAGGGGAUCUUUUUCCCUUUUUUUUGCACAUCUUCAUGAGUUGAAUGUUUAUACAGAUCAGGGCCGUGAGAAAAAAAUAUUAGGGUCCUUUAAUGCUAAGAGUUUUGUUCUGGUAUAAAGCAUCUUUUGAGCGCCGGACGUGCUCUGGUGCUCCUUCAGUGUGAACAUAACAAAUAAAUAUAACAGUGGUUAUAAACGGAAUCGGGAAGGGGGCUUUGGAUUAGUCAGCGAUGCUGACCGUACAUCCACGCUCACCUCUCCGAUCCUUAUCUGAGUGUGCCGUGACAAAAAGACUGAUAUUCAGCAUCUGACCAGUAUUAGUUGUAUGUCGUUGAUUAAAAAAAACAAACAAACAAAAAAGACAGACCAGGUUUGUGUUAGUAAUACCGAGGCUAAAUCAUUUGUAUUGCUAUCCUUUUUUUUCUUUCAGGCCAUUUGGGAUUAUUAAUAAUAACAAUAAUAAGAAAAGCUAAGGAAUACAUCUGUGAGAUGGAUCUCAAAAGGUCAUCAUGGAUUAUAAUAUUUCGGGGCAAGGGGGGUGGUGGCAUUUGAGCAAAGGUUUGGAUUGUUUGAAGUUUUGUUGCCUUACCUUUCUAAAUAUGUAUUUAUUAAACAUUCCAGCAAAAGAACCAACAACAAAAAAAGUGAAGAUAUUGGGGUGGAUGUAACUUCUAAAGAGGAAAAACGCCGUGAUUCAUGUAUGACUCGGAUCCUGUUUUUCCAUCACAGCUGUCCUUUUCGGUUUGGGGGCUGGAAUGGGUUUUGGGUAACAUACUUCAGAGUUCUGGUCUGGGGUGCUCAUUCCAAAUGACUGUAUUCGUUACCAAAAGCGGUUCUAAAAAAAAUAUAGAACGGGGGGGGGGGGGGGGGAAUAAGAGAAUGCCCCGUAAUUCUGGCAAUCCUAAUCAGCUGAGUAUUAAUUUAAAAAAAUAAAUAAAUUGAUUUUAUAUCCAAGGUGCAUUGUGACCAAACUGUUUAAAGGUUAAAAAAGCAAAAAGAGGGGGCGGGGGCUGUAUUAUAAAGUAUACAUUACUGGCUAUCUGCUUUGUAUUUAAAAGUGGAAUCUCACAUCUUUGGUAGAUAAAAUGCUGAUCAGACUUGUGUACAGUAUAUAUUUAGCUAAUGCAGGUGCAUUAUUAUAUACCGUAAGGUAUGUGUUUUUCAGGAUUUUUCUCCAGGAUGCUUUUGAACUGUUAUAUGACAAACAAUGAAUUGAUAAUCCUAAACCAUUGAUCCAGCCGUAUUUACAGUAUAAAGCUGAGUUGAUGUUCUUGAGUCUUUUUUUGUGAUAGUUGCAAAUAUGAAUUUACAACCUGUUGCCCUUGAUAGAAGUACAGUAUAAAUACAAGCUUGUAUAUUUUUUUUUCCUUCUUGCCAUUUAAAUAUUGGGUAGAAUUCGAGGUUACCUUGUUUCCAGACCCCUCCAAAAAAGGGGGGAAAAAGAAUCCCCUUUUGACUGACUUCUGUUUCGGGAUCACCAGGUCAGUUUUGUACACAAAAGUCUUCGCAUAUGGAUGUUGUAAACUUAAUGGCUUUGUAAAAGAGAAAAAAAAAACUUGACACUGUUAAUUCUGGGGGUGGGGGGGACAGAAGCAAAACUGACCAUACGCCUCAUCAACCAUGACAUGGUUUAACGGGAUUAAGCUAAGCCUCUUUUAAGAACAUUGACUGGGACUCAAUGUAAACUCGGCCGAUGCCGCCCUCAGUGAAACGUUCUGUUUUAAAAAGUGCUGGAGCAAAGGUGCAGGCUGAAAUACUGAAGAUGAAAUAAAUUUAUAACAAACCGUG